GAUCUUUCUUCCGUUUUCUCACAUUUCCGAAUUUUCUCUCUAUUUUUUUAACAGUACCGUAAAAUGUUAAAUAUAGAAAGAAAAGAUACAAAGAAGAAGGAAAGACGAAGCUUUGUUGGGCGGUCAUUUGCUCUGUAGCGAAAACGAGGGUUUUUUUUUUUUUUUGUUCUCUCUCUGCAAAAUUCCCAAAUUUCAUCGGUAUGCGAUUUCGAUCCCUCUCCCAAUCAUUUCAUUUCGUGAUUCAGCCCCCUUUGUGGAAUUCAAGGUAAAAUUUCCCAAAUUUUGAAUUUUUUAUUUUUAUUUUUUCAUUUUAUGGUUUGAGAAUUCCCAAAAAAACCUAGAUCUCGGACGAUUCUUCUGUGAAACCCCGAUUUUGUAGAUCGAAUCGUAAGAUCCGUUUGUUUCUAUCUCCACCAGUUAUUCUUACUGGAUCUCGAUUUGGAGAAUAUGAGAAGGGCCCGGUGCAGUUAUUCGCUUGAUUUUUCGAGUUCUUGGUGACGAAUCGGACCAGCUGCUUUGAGAAGGGAUAUUUUAGGGUUUAAGAACUUUUCUAUCACUGUACGAUGGCAUCUCCUGCUCCAUUGGAUGAUCAGACUGAUGAGGAUUUUUUCGACAAGCUCGUCAACGAUGACUUUGGAAUUACAGAAUCCCGCAGUGGUUUAACUGAUGCGGUUGAAUCUGAUGAGGCGAAUGCAUUUGCGAAUUUGAGUAUCACCGAUGCGGGGACAGUUACGGAAGAUUUUGGUAACAGUGAGCUGAGCUCUGUGCCAUCAUUGGAGAAACAAGAAAAGGACAUUCUGGUUUCGGAAGACAGUGUUCCACUUGUGCCUUCAACUUCAGCCGCUACCAAUAUGGUAACUGAAACAGGGGCAAUGGCAGGUGUUCCAUCCAAUCAAUCUGGAGGUACACGUGUUAAAGAGGUUCAAUGGAGUGUGUUUAGUGGCAAUUCGGCUCAGACCAGCGCUGGUGAAUUUGGGUCCUAUUCAGAAUUCUUUAAUGAGCUGGCAGAUGGUGAAAAUUUGGUAGAUCCGUUCGCAAGUGCAGGGGAUAAUCCGAAUGCUGAUUCUGAUGGUAUUGCUAGUAUUGUUGAGAACCCAGUGGCUGAUUCGAUAACAUCUGAUAGUCAGGCGUAUGGAAUGGUUGGCGAACAAACUGCAGAUGGGCAAAAUUUAUAUAGUAGUCAGUAUUGGGAAAGUGUGUAUCCAGGGUGGAGGUACGAUCCAUCUACUGGGGAAUGGCAUCAAUUAGAUGGUUAUGAUGCAGCAGCAAAUGCCCAAGUGGGUUUUCAAGACAAGGCUCAGUCAGUGGGUGAUGAUGUCGUUUUGGAUCAGAGAUCUGAGGUUUCUUAUUUGCAGCAAACUGCUCAGUCCGUUGUGGGAACCGUAUCUGAGGGUUCUAUGACAGGUAGUGUGUCUGAUAACUGCAAUCAGGUUUCACAAGGCAGCUCCGGUUAUCCAGCACAUAUGGUGUUUGAUCCUCAGUACCCUGGUUGGUACUAUGACACGAUUGCUCAAGAAUGGCGCUUGUUGGAAUCCUAUACUCAAGUUUCUCAUACAACCAGUACGGCUAAUGACUAUCAAACCAAAGGUGGGAAUGCUUCUUCUGGUGGUUUUGUCUCUGGAAAUGACUAUAGUCUACACAAUGGAUAUGGUCAAUUUGAACACUACCAGCCGCAGGGCCAGGUUGGUCAAGGCCAAGUGGGCAAUUGGGAUGCUUCUGCUAAUAAGUACACUCAGUCAAGUAUGUGGCAAUCUGAGCCAGUUGCUGAUAGUGGGUCCUUGGCCCAUUUCAGUGGAAACCAGCAAACAGGGAAUCUUUCUGGUUCAAUGGGUAAUUUAAAUAACUACACAGACCAUCAAAUGGGUUUCAAGACCAAUGAAACUGUUCUGCAGCAUGGGCAGGCAAAUCAUGGACAUGAAAGAAAUAACGGCAUGAUUUGGUCCCAAAGUUAUGCUUCUGCAGAUAAUUCAUGUCAGUUUAAUCAGCCAAAGGUGGAACAGAACCAGCAGAUGCAUUUCUCCUCCCCUGAUAACUAUGAAACUCAGAAAUCAGUUAAUUAUUCUCAGCAGCAGCCGUUUCAGACUGGAAAUGGUUCUUACACACAGUUCUCUCAUUCUCCUAACGAAACGAGAUUUUCGGCAGGGCAUCCUGCACAUGCUUUGGUUACCUUUGGAUUUGGUGGCAAACUCAUAGUCAUGAAAGGUAGCAAUUCUUCAUAUGGAAGCCAGGCUGUAGGAGGCUCCAUAUCAAUUUUCAACUUGAUGGAAGUUGUCAUGAACAACACUCAUUCUGCAGGCAUUGGGAGUGGCACUUGUGAUUACUUUCAUGCUUUGUGCCAGCAAUCCUUUCCCGGCCCACUAGUUGGUGGAAAUACUGCAGCCAUAAAUAAAUGGACUGAUGAUAGGAUUGCAAACUGCCAAUCUCCCAACAUGGACUUCAGAAAGGGGGAGCUUUUGAGGUUGCUUCUUUCUUUGCUGAAAAUAUCUUGUCAACAUUAUGGAAAAUUACGAUCCCCAUUCGGCGUGGACUCAGCAUUACUGGAAACUGAUGGUCCUGAAUCAGCUGUAGCUAAGCUUUUUGCCUCUGCUAAAAGAAAUGGUGCUCAAUUGAGCCAGUAUGGUGCCUUCACUCAUUGUAUGCAGAAUUUGCCUUCUGAAGGACAGAGUCGGGCAAUUGCUGUUGAGGUACAGAACCUUCUUGUUUCUGGUAGAAGGAAAGAGGCUCUCCAGUGUGCACAAGAAGGUCAACUGUGGGGCCCUGCCCUAGUUCUUGCAGCCCAACUUGGCGAGAAGUUUUAUGUUGAUACUGUGAAGCAGAUGGCACAUCAUCAGUUCAUAUCUGGGUCACCAUUACGGACAUUCUGCUUGCUGAUUGCAGGGCAACCCGCAGAUGUGUUCUCUGAAGAUAGUUCAAUGAAUUCACGUGCAUCUGAGGCUGUAAAUAUAUCUCCACAGCCUGCACAGUUUCGUGCCAAUGGUAUGCUAGACGAUUGGGAAGAGAAUUUGGCCAUCAUAACCGCAAAUAGAACAAAAGACGAUGAGCUUGUAAUGAUUCAUCUCGGAGAUUGCCUAUGGAAGGAGAGAGGCGAGGUCGCCGCUGCACACAGCUGCUACUUGGUUGCAGAAACAAACUUUGAGUCUUAUUCUGACAGCGCAAGGCUGUGUCUUAUUGGUGCAGACCACAUGAGGUGCCCUCGAACAUUUGCUAGCCCUGACGCUAUUCAGAGGACAGAAUUAUAUGAAUAUUCCAAAGUUCUUGGAAAUUCUCAGUUUAUCCUACUACCAUUCCAGCCAUAUAAGCUCAUCUAUGCCCACAUGCUUGCUGAAGUUGGAAAAGUUUCAGAUUCUUUGAGGUAUUGUCAAGCAAUAUUAAAGACACUGAAAAAUUCUGGCCGUGUGCCCGAAGUGGAAACAUGGAAAUCAUUAUUAUCAUCUCUUGAGGAGCGUAUCCGUACCCACCAGCAGGGUGGAUACAACACGAACUUAGCCCCUGCUAAACUUGUGGGCAAAUUAUUCACCUCUAUUGAUAGAUCCAUUCACCGCAUGAUUGGUGCCCCACCACAACCUGCAUCAUCAACAUCACAGAGCAGUAACGAGCAUGAUAACUAUUUGGUGGCCCCAAAGGUAGUGAAUAGUCAAUCAACAAUGGCCAUGUCAUCGUUACUGCAAUCAGCAUCAAUGGAACCCAUAAGUACAUGGGCAGGCGAUGGUAAUAGAAUGUCAAUUCACAAUAGAAGUGUUUCCGAGCCGGAUUUUGGUAGAAGCACAAAGCAGGAAGCAAGCACAACUGAUGCACAAGGCCAGGCAUCAAUAGCAGGUGGGCCAUCUCGCUUUGGCCGCUUUGGAUCACAGAUCCUCCAGAAGACCAUGGGGUGGGUCGCAGGAUCCCGUUCAGACCGCCAGGCAAAAUUGGGUGAAAAGAAUAAGUUCUAUUAUGAUGAAAAGCUAAAGAGAUGGGUAGAGGAAGGUGCCGAACCCCCAGCUGAAGAAGCAGCAUUGCCACCGCCGCCCACUAUUGCAUCUUUCCAAAAUGGUAUGCUGGAUUACAACCAAAACAAUGCAUUCAAAAGCCAGAAUUUGCCUGUAACUUUUGCUGCUAAUGGAGUCCCAGAAGUUAAAAGUCCAGAUUCCGUGGAAUAUAGUUCAGGGAUUCCACCAAUCCCGCCCAGUACAAACCAAUUCUCUGCCCGUGGCCGGAUGGGUGUUCGAUCAAGAUAUGUUGAUACUUUCAACAAGGGUGGUGAUACACCAGCAAACCUAUUCCAGACGCCUUCUAUUCCAGCUGCCAAACCGGUGGCUGCUGCCAAUUUUUUUGUUCCUGCCCCGGCAGCCUCGGUCAAUCCAAUGGUGGCUGCAACAAGAGAGAACACUCAGGAAGCUGUUGCUAAUGAACACCCUUCUACGUCAGUGGUGAAAGAGUCAUCAUUUCCGUCACUGUCGUCGUCUUCAUUGUCCAUGCAACAUUCUCCAAGCAUGGACAACAUUGCCCCCUAUGGAAACAAGGGAAUGGGGGGAUCUCAAAAUCUCAAUCCCCCACUUUCUUCCCGCACACGGGCAGCAUCAUGGAGCGGAAGCUAUGAUGACCCGAUCAAUGCUAAAACUAAUGAAAUAAGAUCUCUAGGGGAGGUCUUGGGCAUGCCACCUUCAUCCUUCAUGCCUAGCGACCCUUCAUCAAUGCACUUAAUCAGUGGACCUCCACCAAUGAAUGGUGGCAGUUAUGGUGAUCUCCACGAAGUUGAGCUUUGAGGCACCCAGGUAAAAUGUUAAUCAUCGUGGCCAUUCUGGUUAUUGUGACAAAUGCCUUUGUUCAGCAUUGCCUUCCCCACUUGCCUACACCGAAAAGGUUGUAUUGAGCAAUGAGUUGGGGUAUCAUACUCGAAAGCUGAUGUGAAUUUGGCUGUUUGGUGGGAGGUGUUGCUCCAGAACGGUUGCCUGUAUUUUCCCCUCAAGGGAUUGAAUGCGUGGGUGCCCCACUCUCUGCUGCUCAAGAGCUUGUGUCCUUUUACAAACCCAACAGAACAUGUGACCGUCAUUGUACAGUUCAUUUGUUGAUUUAUUGAAGACAGGACAGGAAUUACCAUGUAUUGUUUUGAGGUGGCCCUUGAAGAAAAUUGAGAGAAGGUGGCAUUGAAAAGGAAAGAAAGCUUCUUUUGCUUCUUCAUGGGAGGUAUAUUGCUGUAAUCGAAAUAAGAUGCUUCUGUUUGCUAGCAGAGUCUUUCAAUUCCCAUAGGAAGAACACAGGUGUUAAAGAUCCAAGGAGUUUCGGUGUUUGUUCUCAAUGCAGUUGUAUCCCAAUUCAGCAAACUUUACAAACUGGAAAUGGAUCCAGAUUGUGGUUUUAUGGAGCGAUUGGAGUGAUGCUAGUGGGACAGGUUUGAGCAAUCUUUCCCGCUUAAUUUUCUUUUGCCAGUGACUGAGAGAUCUGUUGCAGAUGGAUUAAGCAUCCAUUCUCACAUGUUUUUGUAUGAAUGUUGGGGCUUGUAAGAUGGUUAUUUCAUACCAUUAUCAUGUCAUGUUGUCCUCUGCUGGAAUGAAGUUCGUUUUCCUUUUUGUAA